AUGUUUCUGUCCAUUGUGGUUAGUUGUCUGACACUGUACGACUUUUCCACCGCAGGCAUUAACGUGACUGUGAGUAAAAAGAUAUAUAAUAUUCAAGCUGGAGAUGACGUCACUUUACAGUGCUCCAUUAACUCAGAUGAAGGCCUUGAUUAUGUUCACUGGAAAAAGGAUAAAAACAACAUCUUCGACAGCGGAAUUUACAAUAAAUAUUCCGGGUCCACAUUAACGGAUCCUUCAUUGACCAUACACGACACAAACGAAAGCGACUCUGGUGUUUAUCAGUGUAAUGGCAGAAGAGGGUCCGUCUUCAACAGCAGCCAGGUAUCGCUGCACGUUACUCGAGAUACAUUUACAGUGUCUAUUUAUCCUGAUAGUGCCAACAUUACAGCACUGGAAGGAAGUGACGUCACGCCAAGAUCAUGCGCAUCAGAUGAUUGCCCAGCGGCUUAUUGUGAAAUAGAAUGGACAGUACCGAGCGGUGAACGGAAGAAAUCGAAUAUUUUCACAAAGCCGAUCACUAUAGAUCAGGCUGGAGAGUACAAGUGCAUAGCUAGGGCUGGUAACGUGUCGCAGUCCAAGUCAAUAUACGUCACUGUAAAAUAUGCUGCUUCUGCCUUGAGAUUGAUCCCAAACGAUACCCUCUACUCACACGAAGAAGGCACUACCAUACCAGAUAUCCAGUGCGUCGCUGAAUGCAAUCCUACUUGUGAGAUGUCAUGGCACCACGACAGAUCCGGGCCCAUCUUUGAGGGUAGAAACUUGUCUUUGAGGAAUAUUGAACGGUCAAAAGAUGGCAACUAUAUGUGUAAAGCCGCGAAUAGCCUAGGAACUCGGAAUAUAAAUCUGACUGUACUAUCUCUUUGUAAGUAG